AUGGGGCGUUUCUCCCAUGGGGAUCCUGUUGGGCCCUUCCGGGCCAGAGAAUUUGGUUCGGGCUCAUUGUCGGUCCAGACGUACAUCAUGUAUGCUACUAGCAGGGCCGAGAUGGAUAUCCGAGACACGCACUUUUACCCUCAACGCUCAGACGAUGGCAUGCGGUAUGGAGUUGUCGGAGUGGAAUGCUGUGCUGGUGGCGAUUUCUAUGCGCAUUUACCCCAGGUUACUGACCGUAUCGGGCUGGAGACCCGAGAGAUCGGUGAAUCUUUGAGAACUCUACGGAGGAGUCUUAUUAGUGGGGAUGUUGAUACUUACAGUCUCUCGUCGCCUCCUCGUGGUGGAGGGAAUCCUCUUACGAGUCGGCUAGAGGAUGAGGAUAGGCGCAUAACGGCACAUCUCUGGCCUAAUCGGGGCCUGGAGAUAAAGGAGGGCUACGAAUGCAGUGCUAGAGUGAGGGUAGUGGGUCGGUCUAUGUAUGUCCUGGAGCCCCUGCCCAUCACUAAACCCUCUAGUGAGGCACUGGUCUUCUUGCACGGCUACAACUGUCCGACGGAGUAUGCUCUACUGCGUCUGGGCCAAAUGUUGGCGCUGGGGAGGUUCCCUUCUCACAUUCAUCCCUUUGUAUUCUCUCAAGCUACUGGGCAGACAUUUUCGUAUACUAAGGCGAAGCGGUGUAUUGGAUAUUUCAAGACGGACCUUCUGGACUUCUUAUUGGACCUGAGGAGAAGGGGAUACGAUCAGGUCCACCUCCUGGUGCACAGUAUGGCGGCCCACCUGUUCUUUGCAAUGCUACAGGAGUACGAGGACCGACGGUUCGCCGAUCCUGAGGGUGUGGACGUUUUGAGACUCUCUAAUGUAGUCCUCAUUAACGCUGACUUCCCUGUGAGAGGCUUUGAGGAGGUGCAUGUGCCUCGGGUAUUGGAAGUUGCCGAUCGAAUGACGAUGUAUUGCGAUGAUAGGGACUUUGCUUUGCUCUGUUCGGAGCUCUUCUCGAGAAACAAAGUGAUAGGGAGGAAGAUCUGGCCAGUUAGCGCGCGCCCGGCUGGAGGAUUACCAUAUGGUCGUAGUCGUAUUGACGUGAUGGACUGCCGACAUAUGCAGCAAAAUGUUCAUUCGAUACGCCAUAACUACUUCAAUUUAAAUGUACAGAUUGUAAGCGACAUCGCGGAGUUGGUCACGAAUCAUUGCGGGGCUGACCAGAGGCUUACGAGGACGGUGCGACAAGUUGCUGGCGAGAACGUCUUUAGUUUUCUUUGCCCUCCGAAAUACGUAAAAAACGAGUAGAAAAUUAGCUGUAAUCAGCCUGGCACUGUGCUUGCUUUUGUGACCUAUAUUCUGUUCAUCGACUAUCGAAGGUAUCAUCGUCAUGUUGUUUUAAGUGCAGUAUUAUUACACCGUAUCUCAGCG